UCCCGAGGUUACUGCAGGUCACGCAGCUGCGCGUUCACGCUGCUGGAGGAGUUUCCAGAACGCGCAGCGUCGAUUGGUCGCUUCAGAGCGGAAACGUGGAGAAAGAAGAACACCUGCAGGAGAAAUGAGCGGCUCGUUCAGGGAUCCGGCCGUCCUGCGGUCCGAUGACGAGGACCUGGUGGACGUUCUGGAGGAGCGUCGCCAUGGCAGCGACCUCGGCUUCACCUUCAGGACCUUCAGCCCUCCGUCCCGCCCGGCGCCGUCCGUCUCCUCCUCUGAUCUCCGCCGCUCCGUCCUCGACUCGCUCUUCCUCCGACACGUCGCCAAGGAGGUCGCCGUGGAGACGGGGUCGCCGCUGGAGACGGUGAUGGGCGACGCUGGGAGAAUCCUGGAGGAGAUGUCCCAGAACCUGCAGCUGGGAUUCAUCAGACUGAUGGCCUUCACCCUCACCAAAGUGUUCAAGAAGCUCUUCAGGAGCAUCUUCAUCAACCUGGACGGACUCAACACGCUGCAGCAGGCCGUCCAGGAGAACCCGGUGGUUCUGAUGCCCAACCAUCGCAGCUACGUGGACUUCCUGAUCGUCUCCUACGUCCUGUUCGCCUUCGACCUGCCGGUGCCCGUCAUCGCUGCAGGAAUCCCUCUGGCAGGAAUGAAGAUCGUCGGAGAGAUUCUGAGACGUUCUGGAGCUUUUUUCAUCCGACGAUCCAUCGGUUCUGAUAAACUCUACUGGGGAGUUCUGUCCGAGUACGUCAGGACCAUCAUCAGGAAAGAAUUUGCUCCGUUUGAGUUUUACGUCGAAGGUUUUAGGAGCCGAACGCUGAAAUCUCUGACGCCGAAGCUGGGGAUGAUGCACAUGGUCCUGGAGCCGUUCUUUAAAGGAGAAGUGUUCGAUGUCACGCUGGUUCCCAUCAGCAUCAGUUACGACCGAGUCCUGGAGGAAUCUCUGCUGGCCCACGAGCUGCUGGGCGUCCCCAAGCCCCGAGAGAGCACCGCGGGUCUACUAAAAGCCUCCAGAAUCCUCCAGGAGGACUUUGGUUCGAUGUUUGUGAUCUUCGGUCGUCCUCUGUCCGUCCGGUCUCUGUGUGAAGGAAGAAUCGACCGCUGCCGCUUCAACCUGAGACCCAGACAUCUUCCCCAGCAGCCGUCUGCAGACGUCCAGUCCUGUGUGAGCUGGUUGGCCCACCUGGUGGUCCGGCUCCAGGAGGAGGGUUCUGUCAUCGGUCCCUGGUCCCUGAUGUGCUGCCAGCUGCUGCAGAACCCGGUCCACGUCCUGACGGGGGACGGUCUGGACUGGCAGCAGCUCAGCGAUGGAACCGUGUGGACCAGGAGGCUGGCGGUGGACUGUGGAGCUCGACUCAGCUGCUCUGGAAGCGUGUCCGAUGCAGACGUCAUGGCAUCGGCCGCCGCCCUCCAUCGCUCCGUCAUACAGCGCAGAGGGGGGCGUGUCUACCUGCUGCAGGAGGAGGAGCCACAGAGGAGGCGUCCAGUCGGCUCGGAGGAGGGCGUGAUGCGUACGGCGGUGGCGGUGCUGAUGCUGGCGUCCUACAGGAACCAGGCUCUGCACGUCUUUGUACGUCCGGCGAUGCUGGCCGUGGCUUUGAACGUCACACGGAGCCGACGGAGAGAACAGCUGCUCGGGUUCUUCUGCUUCCUGCAGGACGUCUUCUCCCACGAGUUCAUCUUCGUCCCCGGCAGGUUGACUCAGGACUUUGAGGAGGCCUGUUUCUAUCUGAAGAAAUGUGGAGCCAUAAACAUCGAUGAUCAGGAUGUGACGGUUCCAGAUUCAGGACUGGAGGUUUUAUCUUUCCUUCAGAAGCUGCUGCAGCCGUUCAUAGACUCCUAUCAGGUCGUGUUCAGGUUUCUUUGUGAAGACGGACCUCAGGUGUUCUCAGAGAAGCAGCUUCUACCUGCACUGCGACAGUUUGCCACAAAUCUCAUCAUCUCAGGUGAGCUUCACACCUACGAAGCCUUGUCCUCAGACACCCAGAAGAACGUCCUGUCAGCUCUGAGGAGGCUUCAGGCCGUCACCAAGCUGAGGGCGUCUGAGCAGAAUGAGUACAGAGUGAACCGAGAAGCUGUGAGAAGAACCGCAGACAUGCUCGCCGGGAAAAUCCCUCCCCAGAUGCUCCAGACGACACCUGACGCCAGACUUUAGUCCGACUUGGACCAGAUCCAUCUUCAGUCCUGUUUUCGCCCGACUUCAUCCUGGUCUUCAGUCCAACCUGCACUGCGAGCCUUGAGAUUAAAUGCCUCUUCCAACGUCACUGUUUACUUCUCUGACCCAAUUUAAAUAGGAAAUUUAACUAAAUCUGCUGAGUCAAAAAUACAGCAACAUACAACAACUUGAACUAUCAGUUUUGAGGAUGUAGAAAGUUGCGUUCAUCAAAUUUUCUUAGUGGCACGAUCUAGCAGUCGACUGCAGCUGCUGAUUCCUGUGAGCCAAUUUGAAUAGAACCCAUUAGAUCCAUUCAUUGGACUCAAACACAAACAUGACAGAUGUGGCCCAGAUCCAUCUUCAGCCCUAUUUUUGUCUGACUUUACCAUCGUCUUUGAGAUGAAACACCUCUCCUUGGAUGUCCAGUUUUAAGCUACCCAACCCAAAUCCCAAUGUGGCGACCCAAAGCAACAGUAUUGGUUUGUUUUGUCACAAAACAAUCAUGUGUUUUGGUUCUUUCAUAGAUUAAAAGUCUUCUGGGUCAAAAAUACACAUAUAGCAACUUAAAUUAUUAGUUUUGAGGAUGUAGAAAGUUGAGUUCAUUAAAUUUUCUUAGGCUGUUUAAAUAGUCUUAGUGGCAUGACCUCGCAGUUGACUACAGCUGCUGACUCCUUUGAGUCAAAUUAAAUAAGAAAUUUAAAUCUGAUGGGUCCUGCCAUUAAGAAAAUUUGAUGAACGCAACUUUCUACUUCCUGAAAACUGAUCAUUCAAGUUGCUGCCCUGUUUUUGCCAGACUUCACCCUCAUCUUCGGUCCAACCUGCACUCUGAGCCUUCAGACAAAACACCUCUUCCUGGACGUUUAGUUUUAAGCUCACUGAGCCUGAAAUGAUGCUAAAAACCCAAUGUUGUGACUCAGAGGGACAGUAUUGGUUCUGUUUUGCAGUAUUCAGAUUAAAUCAAGAAUCUGUGGAUGAAAGCACGUAGCUAUAACAUGAUUUCAACUGGUUUAGCAUGUUCUCGUAGCCUUAAUAUCAAUGCUGACCGAGUGAAUGAACACAAAUGCACUUUCUAAUAACUGUGAUUGUAAAUUUAGACAGCAAAUAAUGAAUUCUGACUCUUGAUUGUAUGUAAAUUAAUGUAGCAGCAAUAAAAAUAAAAAAGCACCAUAAGA